AUGCAGGUUGGUUGCAAAGCACUAGUAUCUGCCGUAAGUCACAAGACGUCAGAUUACUAUGGAAUGUUAUGUGAAAUCGCACCAGAGUUACAGGAUUCAAGACCAGGAUGGCUUCAUAGCAAUCAGUACGUUCAACCUUUACUUGAUUCGUAAAUAAGUUAGAUUUCUUUGUUUGCAUUUCUAACUUCUAUCCCAGAUGCUGAAAAUCUCUUUGUCCUUUAAAUUCCUGGGUAUUGGUCGCACGCACCCCAUAUUAUAUCUACAAGUUCAAUAUUUUUAACUUUUAGUCACCUUUACGUUUUUCCGAUGACUCAAGACAUUCAUGAUAGAAGAGUCAUCCAACGCUCUAUAUGCUGAAUGUUGACAGGGUGGGUUGAGGUUAGCCAACCGACUCCGGUUCUACCGUAGCUGUGCUCCAUUAUCAGACAUGAGUCAUAAGGUGGCUGCUAGAGACGUUCUUAGGCAGGCUUCAUCAGUCUAAUAGAUAGUCCUAAGUUGAAAACAAUGUAGUUGUGACGUAAUUACCGGAAAGGUCUAUUGAGAUUCGUCCCUUCACAAUUCAACUGAGCUUUCAGCUGCAAGUAAGGAUGAUGAACACCCCACUUACUGUACUUACUUCCUUACCUAAGUGUAGUGAACUAAAUGAGGAAUUACACCAUAGUCCAAUGCAUAUAUAGAGCAUAACAUACACUGAUCUCAAAAAUGUAUAGUAUAGUAUAGUAUAGUAUAUAUAUAUAUAUAUACAUACAUACUGUACUCAUUGAUAAUUAUAUAUUACAGUAUAUGCUACUAAUAUUAGUGGAUUGCUUCCAAAUCAAUGAUCUGAAUGUUUUAAGUUUUUGCAACUGCUCUGGAAGAGAUGAAGUAUUUAUUAUCAUUAUUUUGUUUUUAGUGUACCAAUGCUUCAACACGUAAUUACGAUUGGAGACGAAAAAUUUCGGUAUAGUAUAUACAAGCGAUACUUCAUAAAAGUUGUUGAUUUCUAGGCGACUCAAACGAGCAGGCUCUUUAGGGUUAAAAAUAGAGACUGUAUGGAAACAUACUUUCAAAAACUCAUUAAUAAUUCAUGAAGCAAUUAUCCAAUCUUGAGUAAGAAAUUAGUCACGUGCAUACGUCUUUAUACCAGCUAAAGAACACUUUAACAAAAGACCUUUGUUAUGCAAACUAUAUAUAAAGAUUUUUAUAUAAAGAUUUCUAUAUAAAGAUUUUUAUAUAAAGGUUUUUAUAUAAAGAUUUGCCUUAUUAUGCAAACGUUUUUGAAGCCAUUUAAAAAACUCGCGGGUCGUGUUUUAUUAGGUCUAAAGCCACUCGCGCUGCGCGCUCGUGGCUUUAAACCUAAUAAAACACUCCUGCUCGUUUUUUAAAUAGAACAUGAAACAUAACCGGUCAUGAUUUAUCACCCAAAAAUCUCACUCAAUCUCACACGUUAUUCAAAGGCAUAGAAACACUGUAUACAGUAUACAAACUCAAAAUCUGUUCCAGGCGUAUUGUUUUGAAAAUAUUCAAUCAUGGUUUAACACAUUAGACAUUCAUCCAAACUUAUCUUUGGUUUUUAUCAUAUGUAGCAAUCUUAAAAGCUUCAUGAUUUUAAUUGUCAACCAGACAUUUCCUGACAAUACGAAAUCGUGUACUUUUUUAAAUAUUGCACAAACGUUAAGUGAGAUGUAUAGUUUUCUUUGACCGACUAUAAAUUUCACGGAAUGAGUCAGUGACUCCUCACAACGUGCAUAAACUCAAAAUAUGACUAUCAAGGUUUGGAAACACUCCACGUGGAACCUUCGUUCACGCCCAUUUUUACCAUUAUUACGUGGUUAAUACGUUAUUCCGUAUAUAGAUAGUAUAUGGAUAAGUUUUCCCACUUUGCAUACGUGUGGAUUAUCCGAUAAGCCAUUUGACUGUGGAAUAUAAUACUGAAGGACUGGUGUUUCCUGAUUGGUUGAUUUCAUGAUACGAUUUUAGGGGCGGAUAUUCGAAACUGUAUCCCGUCAAUGCAUGCUCUCUUUCCAUGGACUAAAGGCUAGUUUCCACUCAGGAAAAUUAUCCGUGGAUUGGAACGGGCAAGAAAAUGUUUCUUUGUGUUAAAGUCAUUAGUUCCAACCCAGAGCUCACAAGACAAAGAAACAUUUUCUUGUCCAUUCCAAUCCACGGAUAAUUUUCCGGAGUGGAAACUAGCCUUAAGAGAACCUGCUCGCAGGCUACAAUCGUUACACACCAGAGCUAUCUACUGAGUUCUUCAUUAUAUUUUUCUUAGGGGUACACUUUCCUUUCGCGAAGUGAUGUGUGCUGGUGGACAUAGCGAAUUGGAAGAAUUGACUGCUCUUCAGCAACGUCUACAAUUUGAUGACCCAAUUAAUAUACAAUUUACUUCUGUACGUAUAGAUAUUUGUAGCAUUCAUAUGCAAUGCUAUCUUCAUAACAACAUGUACAGCUCGUGCCUCGUCUACAUGCCCUCAUGCCUUAGGGGAAGAUCACAACUUCUAGGGGGCUGCAGGGCUGCAGAACUCUAAGCCAUAAUAUACCUCAGUGACGCAGAAUCUAAUAUACAGUAUAAACAAAAUUGCUUCAAUAACUCAUACGCUGAAGCUGCGCCAUACAUAUAUCACUCUGCUUAACAAUACAAUAUAGGUGCUAUAUUUAUUAAAAAAUAUCGCGUGAACUAUAGAAAUUAGUCAUUUUACAAAUAACUACACAAUUCGGCAAAUAUACUUACCAAAACCUCGCGAAAAAUGGCUCAACGGCAAGGUUGUGGGGCUACCUUGGGAAGCAUCUAUUCCGAGGCCCGGUCUUUAUAGUUUGAGUUUUUUCAACGUACCAACUUGCAGCGAAAUGCUUGUAUUGAACUACUACUGUACUAGUAUUCUUAAUUUCCGUCCACGUUUAUUCUCAUUUAAUCUAGGGCACAACUGGAAACCCUAAAGGUGUCACAUUGAGUCAUCACAACAUUCUCAACAACGCUUUUCUAACGGGCUCAACGAUAAAAUAUGCAGAAGAG